AUGCUGCGCCGCCAAACCCGUGAACGCCGUGACUAUCUCUACCGGAAAGCCCUGCUCCUCCGCGAUGCCUCUGUUGCGGAAAAACGAGCCCAGCUCAAGGCCGCUCUAGCCUCGGGCAAGCCCUUGGAUCCCUCGAUCGCAGAUGACAAAACUCUUCGUGAGGACUUCAAGUACGAUGAAUCCAAAGACAGCAAGGACUCGGAGAUGGUAGACGUCGACGACGAAUACGCUCUGACAUCCGGCCUCAUCGACCCUCGCCCGCUGGUCACCACCUCCCGUUCUCCCUCUGCCCGUCUCGGCGCAUUCGCCAAAGAAAUCCGUCUUCUCCUCCCAACCUCCAUCCGUCUCAACCGCGGAAACCUCGUUCUUCCAGAUCUGGUCUCCAGCGCCAACUCCGCCGCGCUGACCGACAUGCUCCUGCUGCAUGAGCACCGUGGUACCCCGACCGCUCUCACCAUCUCCCACAUGCCCCAUGGUCCUACUGCCAGCUUUUCAUUGCAUAACGUGGUUCUGCGCGCGGAUAUCCCCAAUGCCGCGCGCGGGACUGUCUCGGAGAGCUAUCCGCAUUUGAUUUUUGAAGGAUUCAAGACCAAACUCGGUGCUCGUGUGGUCCAGAUCUUGAAACAUCUGUUUCCUCCGCGGGAACCGGGCAAGCUUGGCAAUCGAGUGGUGAGCUUCGUGAACAAGGAAGAUAGCAUCGAGGUGCGGCAUCACGUCUUUGUCAAGACGGGGUACCGGAAUGUCGAGCUGGCGGAAGUCGGACCGCGCAUGACCAUGCGUCUCUUUGAAAUCCGGGGUGGCUCGCUGGAGAAGGGAUCAAGUGGUGAUGUGGAGUGGGCGCUCACCCAGUACACGAGGACCAGUCGCAAGAAGGAAUAUCUUUGA